GAGAAUUGAGAAAGAAGCAAAUAUUGAUGGUUAAGAUAUAAUAAUGACAUUACAGCAGUCUUAUGUUAAUGUACAGACUCCUACUCUUUCUAGUCAAUAGUUUGCUGAUAAGAUUUUCAUCCAUGUUCACUCUGUUCAGAAUAAAGAGAGAGAGGCAGAGGGAGAGAGCGAUGACAUAGAGCCACUCCCACCUAAUCAGCCCAACUACACUCACCUGCAAGCUCAGCUGCAGCUCAUUACCAAUCAGCCCUGCAUAUAAGCCUCUCCAGCACUCUCAUCCUUGCCAGAUUGUUCUACUGCAUCCAUGCGAGACUUUCCAGCACUCAUUACCCACCUGAUCUCCUGUUGCCGACCCUGCCUGCCUCCAACCUGCUCUCCUCGCCUGCCUCCUGGUGAACUUACCUGCCCUCUGUCCUCGACCACGCGUUCUGCCUUGGCGUCUCUGGCAUCUGUUGUUUCUCCUGGCUUCGACAACUCCGCCUGGCCCUGGCUUCCCUACUGCCUGCUCCUCACGGCACCUCUGCUUCAUCGGUCUGCUCUACUGGCUUCGACUCCUCCGCCUGGCCCCAGCUCCUGUGCUGCUCGCUCCUCGUCAGCACCUCUGCAUCAUCGGCUGGCUCUUCCAGCUCUGGACACCUCGCCUCGGCUACCUCGUCUCCAGUUUUCCCAGAUGAUGAACGCCUGCCUGAGGAAGUUUCCCUGAUCUAUCAACCCCUACAGUUCUAUUAAAGGGCCAGUGUGUAAAAUGGGUUGAAAACCGUUGAAAACAGUGACAUCAGUGGUCAAAUUCUAGAUUGCAGGGCUCACUUGCUCACCCCUCCCGUUGGGUAAAUGACGGUGGCCUCGUAGGGACAAAAAGCCUUGCGCAGACACAAGUUUUUCAGGAGUAAGUCUAUAUAGCGACGAGGUGAAUAUUUAUUUAGAAAUCUAAACCAUGUUACGAUAUUGUAAUGAAUCACUCACGAGCAGUAGACCAGAGUAGCGUUCGGGAAAAAGGCCCAUUUAUUUGAGCACUCCAAAAACUCCGGUAACACUCCAGGGGGUAAAAGACUCCGUCCCAAACUCUGACUCUUCUAGCGUAACACACACACUCCAUACACACAUACUCGCUAACAGUACCUAGCGGGUACCCCCUCCCCUCUCUGCUCCACCAAUCUCCAGCCCGCACACUGACUGACAGCGUAGCCUGUAAACAAACCUCAGCUGUUUAUUUAGCCUAGCAAUAUCUCCGGACUAUAGUAGCUGCAAUGGACAACUUUGAACGCGAUUUUGAAGAGUUUCUUGUAGCGGACACAGACCCAGAGCCAUACCUGUUUGAGCCGGAGCAUACAGAUGAGGAACUCCAUGUGUUGGAUGCUGAGCGGGCGAGAAGAGAGGCUGAAUCCUCCACUCCCAUUUUGCUGCACAGAAUGGGAUUCGGUGCUACCAUGGUUGGGGAGAUAUAUCAUCAGGAGGAAAAGCGCCGCAGAGAGUGCAUCACAAGGAGUGAAGUUGCGUCUUCUUUUCCUCACAGAUGACGGUUCGGGUUCAUUCUCUCCUGUUGCGUGUAGCAGCAGCAGCAGCAGCAGCAGCGGCGGCGGCGGAGCGGACAGCAGCGGAACGCCGAUCUGAGCGCAGGGGAGCGGCUUCACUGUGACCCCGAUCUCCGAGAAAAACAAGCGACCUCCGACUGGAGACCACCGGAUCAGACAGACAGCACGGACGGCGACGUCAUUUUUUUUCAAAGGCAGACCGUCUUUUUUGGCGGUCAGACAGACAGCAACAGUUGUCACGAUGUCUGAGAUCAGAUGUGGCGAGAGCAGUGGACUGAACAUUGCGGCGCUGCUGUGAUCCGGGCCGGGCAGGAUAAACGUGUUGCUGCCGCGUCCCGCCUGCAAUGAUACAGCCGUCUUAAUCACCAGGGGACAACAAGGGAAGUGUGGUGUACAUCUGUUUGGCAUUCCCGGCUUUCGGCGUCAUUCAGCUCGUCAGCCAUACCCCGGUCGUGUCGAGGUUUUGUCUGCGGGUGAGCUGAAUCCAGACGUCAGGGCGGGCUCAUGUUCCGCUCAGCAGCGAAACGGGCUGUUGCGUCUGCAGAGAGUCAGAGCUGACGAGCCUGCUGAGACACACGGACAGACAGGCAGGCAGGCCGAGAGACAGACAGGAGUGAGGGGAGGGGGCGACAGCCUGUUUCGGCUCUCUCGACCCUUUGCGGAUCGAGUCGAGCCCCCUCCUGUUUCCACCCAGAACCCCCACCCACUUGUCUCCCGCUUUGGAUGGGGGGAAAGCAGAGCACGGCGGGGCGGCCCCGGGGUGCUUUUCCCGGUGUCUCUACGGAUGACAGCGCGGUUCCACCCUCGGCCCACUUCGGCCACUACCGGCCGAGCGGCACCAUGGGUCUGCGGAGCCGCUCGGUAAGCUCUGUGGCUGGGAUGGGCAUCGAGCACAGCCCCGCCGUGCCCUUCGGCUUCUACACCCCCAGAGGGACGGACUCGGAUCGAGCCGGAGGGGGUUCAGGGGGCACUACCGCCGCCCCCCACGGUACCGGCUACCAGGACACUGGGGGCGGAGGGCACCACACGGACGGGGUGCUCUAUCUGGGGUCCCGGGGGUCGCUGGCAGACACCUUGCCCCUGCACAUCGCACCCCGCUGGUUCAGCGCGCAUAGCGAGGACCUGAGACGAGCAGCAGUCAUUCACACGCCGCACCAAGAUGAAUAAGAUGUGUAUAGCUUACCUCGGAGCUCUCCUGCUGGCUCUCCAUCUCAUCUCAUCACAGGUGGUCGAAGCCCAGACCACCACAAAGCCGAACAUAGUUGCGAACAGCACUAUGCCAACAUCACCCACCAGCAUCGGGAGCCCGACACCCAAAGACAACGGCGCCGGGAGGACCGACGCCUUCACGCUGCUGCUGCCGCUGGCUGUUGGCGCGUCUCUCCUCCUGGGUUGGUCCUAAUGACCGGGACUGAGGGCUCUUCACACACUGCCAAGAUGGCUGGACUGUGCACGCAACGUUAUUCCAAGAGCAGAUCUUAAAAAGUCCCUUCCCCACAACACAUUUUGGAUUCACAAUACUUUUGUCACUUUUU